UAAUACAUUGUUUGAAAUCGUUUGAUUUCGCAUCGCGUAUGAAACUUAAAAGUAACUUUUGUCCAACUCAAUGUAAGAACAGCAUUCGCUUAUAACCAUUACACACAUUAUAACACACAGUACUUCAGACAAUGUACGAAAUGAAACAUCCACUUCAAGGUUUUCCUGUAACAUUCAAACUUGAUGUCACAACUCAAGGUCUUGUCCUGGUGAUUUGUAACCUUGAUCUGAGAUAACUACUUCAGAAAGUUCGAGAUAAAAAAAAAAUAAGGUAGGCAAUUCAAGAUUAAAUUUCCCAGUUUGGAGUUCAUUUUAACCUCAAUCCAAGAAAGUAACCCGGUUUUUUUCGUCAACGGACAUGCAGUGAGUUAAACUGUAGGCUACCUAUAAAUGAUACCAUAUGCACCACAGGGUCACACAUUUGCUGGAGGAGACGAUGGAUGUAGCCAGGGAUUCGUGAUGCAAACAAAUCGUCGGUGCGGAACGCUACAGUUACUCAGUAUAUCACAAAGUGGGUCAGUCUUGUAAAGUAUAAGCAUGCCGGAUACUCGCAAGAAAGUUUGGGGGGUGUUGAAAGACAUUUGGUCCCUCAAAGCCAUCAUCGUCCCCAUUUUGACCACGUUGCUUCCACUGCCCAUGGUCAUCAACACCGAGUCAAAGGCGACAAGAUGCGGGUACACUAUGGUGGUAAUGGCGGUUCUCUGGCUGACAGAAGCCCUCCCCAUUCCAGUUACCUCCCUUCUGCCCAUCUUCAUGCUUCCCAUGUUGGGAGUUUCAACUGCAAAGGAAGUGAGCAGCAGCUACGUAACGGACACCUCCAUGCUGUUCCUUGGAGGCCUGAUCGUGGCCGUAGCAGUAGAGGAAUGGAACCUCCACAAGAGAAUUGCUCUAGCCAUACUCCGCAUCAUCGGCUCUCAACCAAAUCUUUUGAUGCUUGGUCUCAUGUUGCCCACGUGGUUUCUUUCAAUGUGGAUCAGCAACACCGCAGCUGCCGCCAUGAUGAUACCCAUAGUGUCAGCAGUAACGUCACAAGUGAAAUCUGUCACGGUACCCGACGGUGCAACGGUGCAGCCAGACGGUGACUGCCUCCUGGCAACGUCUAACAACACAGCACUAGAAUUUCAGGAAGAGGAGAAAGUAAUUCUAACAUCAGUGACUCGGAGAACAGACGGAAUGGAGAAAGAAAGCAACGUCACUGUCAAUAAUAGCGAUCCAUGUGACGAGAACUCCACGACAAAUAAUCGUUCUCCGCCCAUGACCAUAGAAACCUCCGACGAUCACCACAGCCGACUGAGUAAAGCGCUAGCUCUCUCCAUUGCAUAUGCUGCCAACACUGGAGGUAUUGCCACGCUGACCGGAAGUCCCCCAAACCUGGUCUUCAAAGCCGUGGUGGACGAAGCGUUUGCUGAAGCGGGUAAGAAGUAUGACGGUGUGGAGUGGAGCUCGGGGGUCAACUUUACCUCCUGGCUUCUGUUCGCCUUUCCUCUCUCCCUCGUGACUAUGAUUCUGGGGUGGCUGUGGAUACAAGUGGUCUUUCUCAGAUGCAGACAAUCGUGCGAUUGCUUCAGGAAAGAGAAGUCGACACGCGACAAGCAAGUGCGUGAAAUUAUAGCAAGGGAAUUCAGGGCGAUGGGCAGAAUAACCUUUGCUGAGUGUGUCGUGGCCUUUAUGUUUCUCUGUUUAGCGUUUUUAUGGAUCUUCCGGGAACCGCCCAAUAUUCCUGGCUGGGGAGAUUUCUUCAAGAAAAGAUUUGUAAGCGAUUCCACUCCGGCAAUGAUAAUAGCGGUCUCUCUGUUUGUUCUUCCCGCCAAAAUGCCCUCCAUAUUCGGCGUAAGAAAACAAGGUGAAAACCGCUACACGCCCCUUCUGACGUGGAAGAAGAUGGUUCAGAAAGUUCCCUGGGGAGUUAUCGUCCUGCUCGGGGGAGGUUUCGCCCUCGCUAAAGCAAGCACGAGAUCAGGUCUUUCGAAAUGGUUUGGGAAUAGUUUAGAGUUCUUCUCAGAUUACAGUCCAUUUGUACUGUGUCUAGUCAUCAGUCUUCUAGUAGCCUCGGUCACAGAAGUCACCAGCAACACCGCAACAGCAACACUGUUGAUGCCAAUACUACAAGAACUGUCCAUCAGCGCUGGUCUUAACCCGCUGUAUCUGAUGAUGGCGGCGGCCGUGGCAUGUUCCUUUGCUUUUAUGUUGCCAGUGGCCACACCUCCGAGUGCCAUCGUGUUUGCUCAUGGUUACCUUACCAUUCCUGAUAUGGCUUCUGCUGGACUGAUGAUGAACAUCAUUGCAGUGUUUGUUCUCACGGUUGGAAUUAACAGUUGGGGAAAACUUCUGUUUGACUUUGACAAUAUACCCGUGAUAUUCCAGGAAAUCCAAAACAAUGGCACGCAAACAACAGUAGCUAUGUUCAAUUACUCGACAGCUUGUAGACAAACAGAAAUGCCAAGGAGAAAUUGUGUUUGGUUCUUAAAGAACAUUGUGGCUAUCCGUGCAUUGUUUUUGGUGCCAAUAGCUUUUCUUGCCCCACUGAAGAUUUUGGAGGACGGAACUCAGGAAUCACGAUGCGCCUAUGUACUUGUGGUAAUGGCUAUUCUGUGGCUGACGGAAGCUCUCCCUAUACCCGUCACAGCACUGAUGCCAGUGUUCCUCAUUCCCAUGCUAGGGGUACUUCCGGGAAAAACUAUCUGUGCUGCCUAUGUCAACGAUACGUCCAUGCUGUUUCUGGGCGGACUCAUUGUGGCUGUGGCGGUAGAGGAAGUCAAUCUCCACAAACGUAUCGCUAUAGGGAUCCUGUCCCUGGUGGGCUCUCAACCAAGUCUAUUGAUGCUGGGGUUGAUGUUACCCACGUGGUUUUUAUCUAUGUGGAUCAGCAACACAGCAGCGACAUCUAUGAUGGUCCCGAUCAUCACUGCCGUAGCCAAUCAGAUGGAGGACCUAGAGAGAAAUGAAAACACUCAUAAUGGCGGAGUGAAAAACGAAGGCUUUGAUGAUAUUGAAAGUUCUGAAAAUAAGGAUGACAAUGAAGGAAAAAAGGCAAAUGGAAUGACCCUCCACAGCGCAGACAGUGAUGAUGCGAAACUAACAAAAGGAAGAUCUGAAGCAAUGAAGAAGAUGACUAAGGGAUUUGCACUAUGUGUUGCCUAUGCUGCAAAUGUUGGGGGCGUAGCUACUCUUACCGGCACACCCCCAAAUCUCAUUCUGCAGGGCCAAGCCAACGAGUUAUACUCUAGUCGACUUCCCGGGGCAGACAGUGGCAUUACCUUCGCUAAGUGGAUGGGGUUCGGAUUACCGCUUUCAGUUAUUGUGUUGGUGUUGUCCUGGAUUUGGCUGCAGAUCAUAUUCCUUGGAACUUCGUGUUUCAAAAAACAAAACCCCGCUAAAAGAAAAGCAAUAAAAAUGGUGAUGAAUGAAGAGAAGAGAAAACUUGGACCAGUCAAGUUUGCAGAAGUCGAGGUGAUGAUUUUGUUCGGUGCACUUGCGUUGCUCUGGAUUUUCCGAGAUAUCCCGGGUUUUGGAGGAUGGAAACUACUAUUCACGGAAGACAGUAAAGGACCCUUUGUCCGUGACUCCACACCAGCCAUGCUCAUUGCUGUUCUGUUGUUUUUCCUCCCGGCUAGAUUUCCGAAUGUCCUUUACUGGAACAAAUACGAAGUCUCGGAGGAAAGCAAACCGAAGUAUCACCCAAUCCUCACGUGGAAGAAGACGGUUAAUAAGAUCCCAUGGGGAGUCAUUGUUCUCCUGGGAGGUGGAUUUGCCAUGGCCUCCGCUACAUCUGCUUCAGGUUUAGCAAAACAAGUGGGUUGUAGCCUUCGAGUUCUAAACACCUUUACACCCUGGGUUAUGAACCUGAUUUUAUCCCUCAUCAUCGCUGGCGCCACGGAGAUUACCAGCAACAGUGCUACUGCCACCAUCCUCAUGCCAAUCAUGGCCGAAUUGGCUGUAAACACGGGGUCUCAUCCUUUGUAUCUGAUGAUAACAGCAGCCGUUGCAUGUUCCUUUGCAUUCAUGCUUCCGGUGGCCACGCCUCCCAAUGCUAUAGUAUUUUCUACUGGGUACAUCAGGAUUCCCAACAUGGCCUCUGCGGGUCUCAUGAUGAACGCAAUAGCAGUACUCGCUCUGAAUCUAGGAAUCAAUACGUGGGGAAUGGCUCUCUUUGAUCUGGACACAAUUCCAGCAAUUUUUGGAAACUCAACAGAGAGUUCAUGUGACCCUGUGACAGCCACUGCGGCCGCAGUGCUCAGUGACAUGACCACGCCCCUUGUUAACGUCACAAGCGGUGACACGACUACUCUAUUACUCGCGGGUUAACAGUGAAACUAACCGUAAAGGAGACAUCCAAUGGUAUUGUGAAUAAUAGUAAUCCGAUUCAACCAUAUCAGUGACCUACAUGUAUCGUAAUAAACUUUUAAUAUUUUGAAUCCAUGGAUGCUGCUCAGAAUAUUUCCUCAAGAAACUUGCUGAUUCUUUUGAUAUUACUGAAUUCUAGGCAAAUGUACACAGAUGUCAUGGCUGUUUGUCAUCAAUGGAUAUACAAUGUAGCAAUUGAAGAUGACGCCAUUUGUGCAGAUAUCGCAGCGAAUGAAGAUUACAAAUUUGUCAUUUGAAAUGAACGAAGUUAUUGAGAUAGUUGUCAUUCAUGAACAGAUAUGGUAGUGAAUGAAAAAACGCGAUAAUUGUCAUUUGUACAUAGAUAUCAAAGCAAAUGAAGAUAACAUAUUUGUCAUUUGUGUUUAAGUGUUCAAUGGUAAAAAUUCAUACCUGUGUCGCCGGAAAUUGAUUAACAGUAUAUGUUUUAUUCACAGAUUAUUUUAUAUUUACAUUUUCAAUGUUUUUGCCUUUAAUAUCGUUACCAUUUAUAAUGGUAGUCAUUUGCUCAUGAAUGCAAUGUAGUCGUGAACAAUGUGUGUAUGCAUCUUGAUGAAUAUAGUACGUCUAUUUAAACGCCAUGAAAUUCCGACAGAAAUGAAAGAAUGUAAAUACAAUGUAUACUAUAUUAAUGCGCUUCAUGAAGUAUGCCGAUGUAAGGCGUCGCAAUUCAUACCCUCAUUAUUUUCAGAAUCAAAAAUUAUUUCUUAAAUGAAUUUUAGAUUUUCAUGUUUCAGUGUGACGAAUGUCUGUUCAGUAGUGUAUGGUGACGUGUUUGUAAUAUGUACGAUAACAUUUUAAACCAUAAACAGCAUCCUUCUUGUCUUUGGUUACUAAAUGACACACCCCACUAAGAUAAGUGUGAAUGUUUCAUGAAAUUAAUUGUUUCUUCAUGGGGGAAAAUGCUCCCAUUUCUCAUUUUACCGUUAUGACCAUAAUGUUUUUAACCUGUACCAUUUUGUACAUCUUCGCAAGCCAAGUGUCCGAUUCGCUUACUCUUGAGUGUAAGCGAAUCGGACACUUGGCUUGCGAAGAUGCAGUUUGUAUUGUUACCGUAAUCAUUAAAGCAUCAAUAAAUCACAUUACAUGUCAA